GUAAGAGCUAUCACCUUUUUAAAAAUGGCAGCCUCCCUAUCAAAGUCAUUGACACUAUCAACAAAAGUUUUACUUUCUACAUUGGGAGUCAGGCAACAGAUAGCUCCAACCCUCAGUCCUGUAUUCCAAGUCCGCCACCGCAACAAGAAACAAAGGGUUAAAGAUGCUAAAGUUGAUGUGGAUAAAAAAAAUAGUUAUAUCUCUAAGAAAGAUAGGAAGAGGGCCACAGUGAAUGUCAGUGAACAAGAGAAAAGUACCAUCUUAGCAGCUAAACCACUGGAUAAUGUUUGGGUCCACAAGUUUUAUCCAGUCCAGCACUUCUCUAUUCAAGAGGCUCUACUGCGGCACAAGGCAUUUGCCCAGCCAGCUAUGCUGGAUAACAUGAGGGGAUUAUUUUACCUGAGCAUGAGGCUGGACCUAACUACCAAAAAAAAGACAAAAUUUAUGGGAACAGUUCGAACAACGGUCAGACUUCCACAUGAAUUCCCAUUUGGUUCACCACCAGCUAUUCUUGUCUUGUCUAAGGAGCCUGAGAAGAUGAAUCUGGCCACAUCACUGGGUGCUAAACAAGUUGGAACUCCAGAAGAAGUCCUUAAAAUGAUAACCACUGGAGUGUUGAAGGCCACAGACUUUAAACAUGUGCUGUGCACAACAGAUUGUGGGACUGAAAUUUUACCUCUACGCAAUUACUUGAGAGAUACAUUUCCACAGAAAGCAAAAGGUACUUUGGGAAGUGACCUACAAGCAAUGUGGGACAAGUUUUUCUAUGGCUACACAGUGGAAUCUCAGAAAGUGACCGAAUCAUUAGGACAGUUACAAGUUCCUUUGGGUUUGAUUGAGCAGCCUGUUGAGCACUUGGUUGAAAACUUUCAAGUUUACAUUGAAGAGGUCAGCAAACAUAAAAGUAUUGCAUUAGGUCCUUUCAUAACAUCCAUGUCACUAGUGGCCCCACCCUCCCCUGAAGAGAUUGCCCUUAGAGUAGAAGACUAUGCUCCUGGUUACAAAAAUGAGGAAGUUGAUUCAGAUGAGGAGGAGAUGUCUGUGGAAGCUGCUUGAUGGACCCCAAAUAUCUGGAGGAUUUUAUUGGAGGGUUGACUGAAUAAAA